AUGCCUGUGGUGGCGUCACGCGACUAUCGGGCCUCGUGGGAGAUACCCUACGAUUUUCACCCCCGCAUCCACGCCUACCCCGGAUCGAGAAGCGCUGCGCGGCCUUGCAUGGGUGCACCGUCGCCGACGUCGGAAGCGUCAGACGCCGCGACGGCACCGAGGCAUCAGCGGGUCAAGCGCACGUUACGGCACUACCGUCGUGGCCCGCGUGCGGCAACUAUAGCGCCUGCGGUCGCGGCGCCGGAGGACGACCAGGGUGCCGCACAGGCAACGACAAGCAGCACUGCGGGCUCCCCUCGAAAAUUAGCCCCUGUUGCGCCACCGAAGCCGCAGUGUCCGUCGCUCCCACAGCAGCAGCGGCAGCCGAAGAGGUGCACUGGGCGUCGUCCAGGACAGGCCUCGCACGCGACGCCGACUUCGUCGGCAGUCAACGAUGAAGGGGAUGCAGGAGCGUCGCCCGCAGUUCUCCUGGCACCUACACCGCCACUUCACGCAGCUGCGAAGGCGAGGAGUGGGGUGCGCGGCAUCAGCGCUCCGAGCACAGCAUUGCACCAGGCACGCUCGCAUGCGACCUCGCUUUCCACUCGCUGUAGCGUACCACAGAGACCCAGCAGUACAACGGUAGGGGUGGCGCGCUGCUUGCUAGCAAGUCGCCCUACAGAGUACCGUGGACGUGGUAGCGGGACGCAACCGCCCAGCUCGUCGUCGAUCACCGCCCCAGCCACGGCUGCUGCUGCCCACACCGGAUAUCACCAUCGCACAAAGCCGCACUACUCCCUGCGCCCCUCUUACGCCGCUCAUUGUGCACAGUGGCGGCGACACCCGGUGCCAACCAUCCGCGUGGCGGAUCAGUAUCACAGCCCACCAGCGGCGCGGGAGUACCGCCUCCGUGCACGUCAAGUCCGACACGCAUCUCGUGAGGACUUCGUAGAGGCGCUGCGCAGCUGCAUGGCCAGCGGGGGCCAGGAGGUGGUCCCCCACAGCGUCGUGGAUGCCUUGGCUGAUACUCGAGACGCAGGCAGCUUCGACCCGUCGCUGCACAACUACAACGCCAUGGUGACCGACGCCUUCCACAACAGCGUCGAGGAGCGGGCGGCACGGCUGCAGGCAACGGAGAAUCGCAUGUGGGAGCGGAUCAUCCUGAACGUGGCUCCGCUAGCGGUUGCCCACCAGCACGUGGCGGGAGUGGGCGGGUGCGCAGUGCUCGACAGCGGGCACGUCAGCUCGCCAAUUUGCAUCUCCUCUGCGCCGGAGGUGGAGUACCUGGAUAAGGGCGUUGCUGACAGCAACGAGGCGAUGGCAGUGGUAGUGCGCCCCUUCUCGGAUGAGCUCCUCGGCGACUCAGAGGCGCUGCGAGUAGCCGAGGCACAGCGGCGGUGGCCCAAAGGCCGCGAGUGGGACCGCCAAGCUGCCAUCCAGCGCGCCGUGGGCUCCACGGCGCAGGAAGCCAUCAUUGACCUCGGCAUUGACCCGCGGUACCGGCAACCUGGUGAACGUCCUGGUUGCGUGAACAACCGGUGGGUGUAG